AUGGGAACGGUCGUGGUCAACGUUGGAGAGUUUUUUUUUCAGGUGAUGCAAGACACCGGUCGCAUGGAGAAGAGCAUGGAUGUGACAUUAUUCCCCCAACAGCCUGACGGAUGCCUGGAAGAAACCCUCUGGAGCGAGACUCUCCCGCCUAUUCUUGACGAACAGGGUAGAGUAAACGGCUUCUACCACCGGACUGCCGAGGUGACCAAUGAAAAGGGCACCACCAGCAGACCGAAGGAAUCGGUUUGGGAACAUUUUUUUGAAGCUCUGCGAGAAAAUCCGCAAGACGUUCCUAUGGCUUUCGCGUACUCCGCCGAGGAUGACGCCGCCUCCGGCAAAGUUGACUUUGCAAUAGUCGCUGGGCUUGCCGCCGGGUGGACAUUUACGAAGGAUCGACGGGUUUCCCAUUCUAUUACCACUGACUGA